GAGGUGACGCCGUGCGGGUGCGCGCCCCUUCCGGCGCGGGGAGGGCGCAGAAGAUUCCGGCCGCUCGGCCACAGGCCGUCUCUAACGCCGCGGGAUGUAGCGCGGGGUCAGUGGCCCCGAGCAGAGCCCGCCGCCCGCCUGUCUUCCAUCACAGGGAACUCUCUGCCCCCUGGGGCCGAGAGACCCCACCCUUUCCCCAAGCUGAAGCCACAGAGCAUUGAGGUACCAGCCAGAUGUCUUCUCACAAAGGACCUGUGGUGGCCCAGGGCAAUGGGGCUCCUGCCGGGAACAGGGAGGCUGACACAGUGGAGCUGGCUGAGCUGGGCCCCCUGCUAGAGGAGCAGGGCAAGCGGGGCGUCGCCAGCCCGACCAAAGCCGAAGAAGAGCAGGCAUGCCCAGUGCCUCAGGAAGAGGAGGAGGAGGUGCGGGUGCUGACACUGCCCCUGCAAGCCCACCAUGCCAUGGAGAAGAUGGAGGAGUUUGUGUAUAAGGUCUGGGAGGGGCGCUGGAGGGUCAUCCCAUACGACGUGCUCCCCGACUGGCUGAAGGACAACGACUACCUGCUGCACGGCCACAGGCCGCCCAUGCCCUCCUUCCGGGCCUGCUUCAGGAGCAUCUUCCGCAUCCACACGGAGACCGGCAACAUCUGGACCCACCUGCUUGGUUUUGUGCUGUUUCUCUUUCUGGGAAUCCUGACCAUGCUCAGACCAAACAUGUACUUCAUGGCCCCCCUUCAGGAGAAGGUGGUGUUCGGGAUGUUCUUCCUGGGCGCGGUGCUCUGCCUCAGCUUCUCCUGGCUCUUCCACACCGUCUACUGUCACUCAGAGAAGGUCUCUCGGACCUUUUCCAAACUGGAUUAUUCAGGGAUUGCCCUGCUGAUUAUGGGGAGCUUUGUUCCCUGGCUCUAUUACUCCUUCUACUGCUCCCCACAGCCACGGCUCAUCUACCUCUCCAUCGUCUGUGUCCUGGGCAUCUCUGCCAUCAUUGUGGCACAGUGGGACCGGUUUGCCACUCCUAAGCACCGGCAGACAAGAGCAGGGGUGUUCCUGGGGCUUGGCUUGAGCGGCGUCGUGCCCACCAUGCACUUCACAAUCGCGGAGGGCUUUGUCAAGGCCACCACGGUGGGCCAGAUGGGCUGGUUCUUCCUCAUGGCUGUGAUGUACAUCACCGGAGCCGGCCUUUAUGCCGCGCGGAUUCCUGAGCGCUUCUUCCCUGGAAAAUUCGACAUAUGGUUCCAGUCUCAUCAGAUCUUCCACGUCCUGGUGGUGGCAGCCGCCUUCGUCCACUUCUACGGGGUCUCCAACCUUCAGGAGUUCCGAUACGGCCUGGAAGGAGGCUGUACUGACGACUCCCUCCUCUGAGCCACCCCCCAAGGGCACAGCAGGAACUUCCCAAGUGCUUUUAAAAUAACUUCUUUGCUGAAGUGAGAGGAAGAGUCUGAGUUGUCUUGUUUCUAGAAGAAACCUCUUAGAGAAUUCAGUACCAACCGAGCUUCAGCCCACUUCACACUCACUGGGCAAUAAACUCUCCAUUCCCUCGCUGAGAGCAGUGGGGAUGGGCAGACGUGGCCGCGCCCCCCUCGGUAAGGCAACUACUGUUCCCUCACAGAGACGGGGCUUUGAAGCUCAUGUUGAGAUUUUACCCCUCCUCCAACCAUUCUGGGGAAAAAUGAUGGACUGGGACUUUUCAGAAAUUCUGUUUCUGGAAGAAACUGUCCCUCCCUCACCCCCGUCUUGACUUUGUAACCUGGCUUAUAACAGGCCAUCCGUUUUUGUAGCACACUUUUGAAAAACAGUUAUAACCUCGUCCAUCUUUCUAGGGCCUGGACCUGCUCACACAGCAGGAAGAGCAAAGCCACCAACUUUUACACAGCCGGCUAAUCAUGGAAGUGUGUCCAGGCUUCAAAUAACUUGAGUUUUAAUGUUUUCUUGGCAGAGUAAUGUAAAAUUAAAGUGGGGAAAGAUAUUUAAUAUUUAAUACUAAGCUUUAAAAAGAAACCUGCUAUCAUUGCUAUGUAUCUUGAUGCAAAGACUAUGAUGAUAAUAAAAGAGUACAGAAGACACUUGGCAUUCAAAGAUUUAACAUGAGUGGUCUCAGCUAUUUGCACAUAAGUCCAAAGGAUUAAAACCAGUAAAAUCAUUUCAGAUUCUGCUGAGGCACAAAUCUGAAUCAUAGGUAUUGACAGGCUGGCGUGUGUGGGCCAGCGAAUGAGCCUAACUGAAUUCCUAGCAUCUGCUUCUCCAGACCGCUUUACGUGUCUCUACUCAGUGCCCAGACAUUUCCUGGAGAAGUUAGUAUGCUGUAGUAGUGUUCAAUAAUUAGAAGAUAUCUGCCUUGUGAACACCAAAGGCCUACUACAUAAUAUUAAUACUUUAGACUUCAGUUCUUUUAAAACUGCCCUGAUUAAGGUGGUCUCGUCAAGAGGUUAUUCCAUGCCUUUUUGUGCCUUUGCAAAUUGUCCUCAGCCUGACAACGAGUUCUGUUCAUUGGAUGCAAAAGGCCUGCAGUAGUCACUUCUGAGCUAGUGUAGGCAUUGGAUGGGAAUCUUUUUUUUUUUUUUUAAUUUAAUUUCUGGCUACGCCAGGUCUUAGUUGCAGCACGAGGAUCUUCGUUGCAGCAUGCAGACUUCUUGUUGCAGCAUGUGGACUCUUAGCUGCGGCAUGUAUGCGGGAUCUAGUUCCCUGACCAGGGAUCGAACCCAGGCCCCUUGCAUUGAGAGCAUGGAGUCUUACCCACUGGACCACCAGGGAAGUCCCCAGAUGGGAAUCUUCUUGAGUUACAGAGUUGGGUUCACUUUAAGGGUCAAGUCUGUACAACUAGGAGAACAAGUGAUCCUUUCCAAAAAUAAUCCAACUAGGCCAACAAAUCUCUACCUCCGGUGGUAAUCAGGGAAAUGUAAUUAAAACCAACCUGAUAAACCAUUUCACUCCUACCAGAUUGGCACAAAUUAAAAGUCCUAAGACUGAGUGUUGGUAUGGAUGUGGAGCAGACCAGAUGCUGCUGGUGGAACUGUACAUAGUAGGACCACUUUGGACAUGGUGGAGUAUACAUGUUACAACAUUCAAACAUUACAUGAAACAAUACAAUGUGAGAUGCAUCUGAUAUCUAUCCUAGGUUACUUCAUUUUAAAAAUGCUGGUUCUGGGGUUUCCCUGGUGGCACAGUGGUUGAGAAUCCGCCUGCCAACGCAGGGGACACGGGUUCGAGCCCUGGUCCGGGAAGAUCCCACAUGCCGCAGAGCAACUAAGCCCGUGUGCCACAAUUACUGAGCCUGCGCUCUAGAGCCCGCGAGCCACAACUACUGAGCCCGAGAGCCACAACUACUGAAGCCCACGCACCUAGAGCCCGUGCUCCGCAACAAGAGAGGCCACCGCAGUGAGAAGCCCGUGCACCGCAGAGAAGAGUGGCCCCUGCUCGCCGCAACUAGAGAAAGCCCGCGCACAACGACGCAGCCAAAAAUAAAUUUUUUUAAAAAUGCUGGUUCUGACCCACUAAGUUGUUUCAUAACUCAUCAAUGGGUCACAACUCACAUUUUGAAAAACAUUACCCUUGAAAAACUUAGCUUGUACUAACAGAUUCAUUGUAGCUUUGCAUAGUAGCAACAUACUGCAGACAAGCCAACUGUCCAGAACUUUGAGUGGAAAAAUAAAUCUUGGUUUAUUCUUACGAUGAAACACUAUUUAGCAGUGAGAGCUAGUUACAGUGAUGACAACAUGGUUGAAUCUCAAGAUUCGGAGGAGGGAGUGGGGCUACUUGGAGUAAUACGUCUGGUGUGAUUGCACUGAUGUACCGUCCAGAAAUGUGCAAAGUUAAUGAUAGCUUAAGGGUAUAAACAUGGUAAAUACUUUAAAAAAGGAAAUGUUAAUUCAGAAAAAUGGUUACCUCUGAAGGGGAAAGGACAGGGUAACAUACUGGAUAUUUCUAAAGUAAAGCUUAUAUUUAUUAAAUUGGAGUUGCAUA